AUGAUGCGAGACUCCCGGCGCCGGAGCCCAGAGAGCUCCCGCAGGCGCAGGCGAGAGAGUAGACGGGACUCGCGCGAGCAGCAGCAGCAGCAGCAGCAGCAACAGCCGCAGCUCACCAACCUGCCGCCUAUGCCCAUGUCCCAGGACUCUUUGCCUUACACCCCUUACACACGGGCGACGACGGCGCCCCCGAUGACGGCUGCGACGACGAAGACGGCGACCGACCGCGGUGCCUAUGACUACCCGGGCUCGUACCAGCAGCAGCAAUAUCAGCAACCAUAUCAGCCGUACCAGCCGCAACAACAGCAGCAACAGCCAUAUCAGUAUCCGCCGCAGCCGUCGCAGCAGCAUUCAUCGCAGCAUCAGCGCCCGCGCGCCCCCUCCAGCUCAAACUCAUCCUCCAGCUCCCUCUCGUCGUCGCUGCUGGACAUUUCGCGACACUACCCCGCGAGCCGCUUCGGCGGUGUCUUCGGCACCUUCUUCCGCGCGCCGUCCGAGCGGUCAAGGCUCCGGCGUCGCAGGAGCGGCAAGGCACGGAAGCGGCGCAUCCUAUACUUUGGCAACUCGUCGUCGUCCUCGGUCAACUCUGACCUCGCUUACGGCAAUGGUUACAUCGCAAGACCCAAGGGGCGCAGCUUCAGCCCGCGCGAGAGCUUUGCCGCUGCCUCGGCAGGCACCGCUGCUGCUGCCGCCGUCGUCGCCGGCUCGUCUCAGCAGUAUCGCGGACCUGGCGCCGGCUAUGCCACCGACGGAUCGAAUCGCCCCGGCCAGCGUAGGGCCAAGACGGACGAGGAGAUUCUCGAGCUGGGUCGCCAGUUGCAGGACUUUGCGCGCAAGCAGAACGAACAUGACCUCAAGGCCGCGGGCCGGGUUCGGCCGUCCGGUCUGAUGGCUGCCGCCGCUACCGUCAGUGACUUUCGGCGCAAGAAGCGGGACGGUCCUGCGAGCCGUGGCAUUGGCAGCUCGCGCCCCCACGACGGCUCGUCGGGCGACGACUCCGACUGGGAGUCUGCUUCAGAUGGCGAGUCGAGCGAUGGCGCCGAUUCGGAACUCGCGUACGGGUCCGUCGUCUCGCAUGCCAUUCGGCCCGCUGCUGCCGCCGUGGCCGGAGCGGCUGCUGGAGCGGCUGUUGCUUCGACCGUGGGCGGACGCUCCACGCAUGGAAGGCAGACAUCCGCGGUCGACCCCCGGCUUUUUGGACCUGUCAACUCCCUUCAUGGCCUGGUCACGCCUCAGCCUUUCAGGGAUGGCGACUCUGCCGUCCCGGCUGCACAGUACCGCGAUUUCAACAGGCUCCGACGCGCCGAGACCGAACCCAUACGCAAGACAACCGACCCGACCAAGUUCGAUGCUGAAACGGCGUCCGCCAUCUCCCGUCAGGGUCUUCCCUACCGGUCUCGUCCGGAACCUGUUCCACUGCAGCAACCCGUCCCGAAGACGCCAGUCUCUCCCAAGGUGUACCAAGCCGAGAAGCUCGAGGAAGCCAGCCGCAAGGACUCGCGAGACCAUCGCACGCGAACGGAGGACAAGGGUCUUAGCGACGCGGCGAUGGCUGGCAUUGGCAUGGCCGCCGCAGGUGCCGCCGCCAUGGCAUUUAACCGCAAGAAGAGUCGGGAAGAGCGAAAGUCCGAUCGCCGUGACGACAGGAAGGACGAGAGGAGCGACAAGCGCGACAGUCGCGAGUACCGUGACUAUCGUGACGACGACCGCCGGGACCGCGAGCGUCGCUCCGAGAAGUCUGACAAGACUGAGAAGGAUUCGAAGCGCAAAGACAAGGAGCCUGAUCGCGACAAGGAGCGACGGAGCUCGAAGCGUGACUCGUACUCAUCCAAGUACGCCGACGACCGCGAGCACAAGCGGUCCUCGCGCCAUGAGGAUGACGAGACGCCCCGCAAGAAGCGCGAGACGGCCGUUGACCACUAUCCCGAGCCCCAGACCCGUACCUACCGGAAUGGAGAGAUUGAGGUUGAACUGGACGCUGGAGGCAGAAGCGAAGUAUCACGCUCAUCACGGCGAGACAGCCGCAAGUAUGACGACCGGGACGACCGCCGUGAUCUCUACAAGGCCGAAAAGGCAGGUCCCGAGAGCGCUGAUGACCCAGGCAACCAUCCCCCCCAGAGAACCCCCGUUGACCCUUUCCAGUAUCAGAUCCACGACAACGACCUGGCUGCCCCAGACGCAGGACCUGCUCGCCCUUUGACACCGACUGUGGUAACAGUGGACCGGGAACCGACAUUCAGUGACUGGGCUCCCCGACCAUCCAUUCCGGACGCCAGGCUGAGCCGCAAGGACUCGUUUGAGAUUGAGCAAAUGGUUGAGGACUACAAGAAAGGUGCGCAGGGUGCUCCGCGAAGUCCAGAGCCUCGUCGACGCAAUACCUACGAGGAGGAAGAGAAGGCCGCCAAGGAUAUCUACGAGGAGACGAAGCACUCCACCAUCCCUGCGGCUGCGGGUGUGAUUGCUGCCGCUGUUGCCGUGGAGACAAUCAAGUCUCGAUCUCGGUCUCGAUCUCGAAACCGCUAUGACGAGCGCUCGAAUGGCGACAGGCGUGAGCGGGCGCGCGACGUUGACGAAGUCCAAGAGCGGGCGAACCGUGCCUACCGCGAGUCAGUCAUUGCACGAAAGAUUGCCGAGGACGAGAUCCGCUCUCGCAGCCAGACCCCGGACCGCUCGGUCGUUGAUCGAUACAAGGAAGACGCCCAGGAUGAGACUAAGAUCGUUUCACCCCCGCAGUACGAGGAUAGUCACCAAGAUCCGGACAAGAACCCGUACGACAAGCCCAACGCCGAUGUGCGAAUCGACAACAAGAUCUUCCCCAAGGAGAUCCACAAGUUUCGAGCCAAUGGCCUGGAUGCGCCUCUGUUCAAGUCUCGAGACCCUUCGUGCGAGAGGGACAGACCCUUGCUGAACCUGGUGUAUCCCACACCCGUGUCUAGCCGCCAGGCCACGCCGAGCCCGGAUCAUGCCAAGCGUGAGAAGGAUACGCAAGAGCGGCGCGAGCCAUCGUCCAGGUCCGUUCCCGAGGUGGUAGUCGAGGCGGACAACGACGCCUCUCAGCCGUCGUCAGCCAAGUCUGUGACGUGGGGCGAGAACUCGACCAAGAGCUUCGAGGUUGAGACGCCCGAGCCACGGAGCGACACCGAGCCGAGCUGGGACAAGGCAGAGGAGAAGCCGAGACCGCGCCUCAACCAAUCGAGUCAGUGGGGCAUGAUUGCCGCGGCCAUUGCUGGGAGCAGCCGCGAGCCGGCCAACGAGAUCGAAGUGAUAGAAACCAAGGAGCAUGACAACUCCAAACCUCGAGAUUUCGGGGCUGGAGACCCCGAGCACAGCUUCGCAGAUGACUCUGGAGCACCGCCGGUCCCAGGUCCGAAGCCGCCGAGCCCGCACCCGGAGAGGAUGCCUGGCGGUUUUGGAGAUGACAUUGAGUUUGCCGCCACCCUCGCUGCCGGCCUCAAGGAUACAGGGUUCGACCCCAACAUCGUCAUCGACGACCCGGCAUAUCGGCGACGCGAUUCUCCCCCCGGCGAGAGCGAGCCUAAUGGAGAUGGCUGGAACCAUACGUCGUUUGCGGAUGUCGUCACCAACUUGACUGGCGCCCCUAACGAACGGUCAGUCCCUGACCCCGGGUAUGUCGUCGGCGAAGUUGAGACGCCCAGGGACGAGCCCGCGGCCGAUGAGUGGGCCGAGGUUUCCGCGAAGCUGAGCAAGAAGGAUAAGAAGAAGCUCGAAAAGCUCAAGCGGCAGUCCCUGGACAUGUCUGAGCCUGCUGCCGAGAGCUCAGAGACGCCAACAUUCGAUGACGCCGCCGAGGCUCCGGAAAAGCUCAGCAAGAAGGAGCAGCGGAAGCGCGACAAGGCGGCCAAGGCGCAGGCACUCGCUCAGGACGAGUCGUGGACCCCAGUGGCCGAGUCGGAGCCUAGCCAAGAUCGUGACGCCGGCGAAGACUUCUGGGAGGAGACGGGGCGCAAGAAAUCCAAGAAGAACCGCAAGAGUCGAGACCUUGAAGACGACGCAUCCUCCAAGGUCUCAGUUCCUACGGACGCUUUCGAAGACCUGCAAUCGCUCCGCAACGUCGACCCCAACGAUGAGUGGGACACCGCCAAACAGUCGAAGAAGAAGUCUAAGAGAGACUCUGGUGUCUUCGAGUCGACAUUCCGCGCUGCGUCUGAAGUGUCCGCCGAGAGCUCCAGCAAGAGAAGCAGCAAGUCGAAGCGAAGAAGCGGGGUGGACGACGACUUUGACGACUAUGGCGACCAGCCACCUGACACACGGAAGAGCGAUCCCUUCGAGGAUCGUGAGGUGACGUCUGUCGUCUCGGAAGGUCGAUUCGACGACGACAGGAAGCGCGAGAAGCGUGAGAAGCGGAGGUCAUCCCGCUACGAUGAUGACGAUACCAAGUCAGUUGCUUCAGCGCCUGGUGGCUCGUCCCGCAGAAGCAAGGACAAGGAGUCGGAGACGAGGUCGUCCCGGUACGAAGAUGAUGACACCAAGUCAGUUGCGUCGGCGCCAGGCGGCUCUUCGCGUCGGAGCAGAGACAAGGACUCAGACAGCAGAAGGUCAUCUCGCUACGAUGACGACGACACCAAGUCCGUGGCCUCUGCACCGGAUAGCUCAUCUCGCAGGAGCAAGGACAAGGACGUGGAGAAGAGAUCAAGUGGUCUGUUCUCCAGCAUCUUCAAGUCCAAGGACGACAAGAAGGAUUCUUUUUUAGGUAAUGCCGGCACCCCUGGCGCAGGUGCCGGCUUUGCGACUGCUGCCGCUGCCGCCGCUGCUUACAUGGCGGCCAGUCGCUCACAUGCCACCGAAGAAGAAUUCGACAAGGGGGCCGAUACUCUGGAUCGCGCAGAAGAGGCGCGGGACUUUGACGCCAUCGACCCCGAGGUUGCUCCGCGAGCAAUCAAGCCCGCCAUCGACCCCCAAUAUGGCGACCUCCUCCCCCUUCCUCCGAGCGAGCCGGGCAGCCCAACACACUCCCCCGAAGAGCUGCCAACACUUCCGGAUAGUCGACCGGACACGCCUCCCGACGAACGCAACUUGAAGCGCGAGUACACUACGCACCGUCGUCGGCGGAGCGCUCAGGAGACUCCCGUCAAGUCGCCGAGCAGGACCGCCAUCCCCAUCUCGCUGAGACUGGGCCACAGGGCAAGUCCCAGCACCCCUGGCUCCGGCACGUUCAGAUCCCCGCCCCUCGACUCUCCCGGCAGCGCCCCCGAUUCUGCUACACGACGGCAAGGGCGCCAUAUUUCCUGGGACAGCAGCCGAGAGAUCAAACCCCUGUACCUCCUCGAGCACUCGAGACACAACUCGGCCGAUGCUAUUCCUCAACAAGACGACUUGCCUGAGCUACCACCCAGCGAACCGUCGUCGAGGGAGUCGCCUGCGCCCGAGUUCGGAGAUGCGUACGACGUCGCCCAUCGCGGGCUGAGCGCGGAGGAUCUCGCCGAUACUGGCCUCCGAAUCGACACCAGCGUGGCUCAGCUCGCUCAAGAGCAGGAUCUUGCCGGAUCCCAGGAGACUACGCCCAAGGCAGACGCGAAGCCCGAAUUCCAAGAAUUGCCCCCGCUUCGCAAUGAUGAUCAGUCAGCCAUGUAUGUUGAACCUGAUCCCGUGGAGCCCAUGUCAAAAGAUAGGAGCUCGUACCUGCUGCGCUCCACGCCGUCAUCUGUCAGAUCUAACAAGACCAUCGACAGCGACGAUUUCGCGUCGAGCCACUGGGGCUCCAGUCCUUCCAAGAAGCUUGGCGUGGACAACGCCUUGCCCGAUGUCAUGGAAGACUUGACGUCAGCCGACGAGCAUUUCUCUGAUGCGCGCGAGGGCACGCCCGACGACUCUUUCGAGGAGGCUCAUUCUUGGCCCGCAGAGCCCCCAGCCCAAGAGCAGCCUGCGGGAGAACCUUCGUCUGAGAAGGCAAUGCCAGAGGAGACUUCCACUGCUCCUGAAGAAGCCGAGCCGGCCGAGUGGCAGACGAUGACGGCCAAGGAGAAGAAAAAGGCCAAGAAGGCGCGCAAGAACAAGGGAUUGGACUUCGCUGAGGCUGCAGCAGCAACUGCUGCAGUUGGAACUGCCGCCACGAUCAUUGCUUCUGCUUCGGCGGAUGAUACGGCCAAGGAGGACACGCCAGCAUCUCAACCCGAACCAUCUCAAGAUGAAUUCGAACAGCCAAAGAAGGGCAAGAAGGGCAAGAAGAACAAGCGCAAGUCUCUGUCAUGGGAGGAUACCGUCGACGAGAAGCCUGUGGAGCCGGCAGUUGAGGAGCCGGUUGUCGUGGAACACGCCGAAGUUCCAGAGGUUGUGCUUGCAAGGGACGAGACUCCAGCGGAUACCCCAGCUGAAGUGUCGGAUAUCGCCCUGGCUAAGGACAUCUCACUCCCGCCCUCCAGCAUUCCCACGGACUUUGCGCCGAAAGACGAGUCCCUGGAGGUGGAGGCAGUCACAGAGACCGGACUCGGCCCUUCUGAUGCUACCGAGGUUGUUCAAGCCGUUGACGCCCCGGCCACUGAACAAGUUCCUGAGGAGACACCUCGCGAAGCUGAACCGGCGCAGCCAGCCGAGGAAGACUUCUGGAUGGCUCCGACAAAGAAGAGCAAGAAGAAGAAGAAGGGCAAGGCUGCCAUGGCAUGGGAUGAGAGCCCUGCUACAGAGAUUGAGACUCCAGCCGAUGAUGUAGCCGCCCCCGCAGAUGAGCCCGCCGAAGGUGCCCCUAAGGAGCUACCGGAACCCACUGAUCCUCCUGCCGGCGAAGCAGCUGUUCCAGCUGAAGAGCCAACCAUUACUGCUGAGACUGAGCCUGCGGCGGACGAACCUGCGGCUCCUGCUCUCGAGGCCGAGGCAGCGACCGAACCUAACCCUGACGACUUCUGGUCUACCCCUUCUACCUCUAAGAAAGACAAGAAGAAGAAAAAGAAGGGAAAACAGGCGGCUAUGGCUUGGGAUGACGACACGCCACCAACCGAGAGCGGGACUCAAACCCCUGCUGAGACCGUCAACCCGGAGCAGUCUUCCGUCCAAGAGCUCACAGAACCCGCCAGCGAAGCAAGAACGCCCGACGUGGCUGAGACUCCGGCCCAGACAGAAGCAAUUAUCCCUGCGGCGGAACCCGCUGCCGAGGCCGAUGCUGAAGACUUGUGGUCAACCCCAGCCUCUUCCAAGAAAGACAAGAAGAAGAAGAAAAAGGGCAAGCAGGCCAUGGUCUGGGACGAGCCCCAGACGGAGGAUACUGAGUCCCAAACUCCGUCUACAGAGGAAGAAAAGGGCACGGACACUCUGGCCAGUGAUCAACCUCCCGAACCCAUCCAAGACGAAGCCAAGGCCCUCGACGUCGACGACUCUGUACCACUGACAGAGGCUGCCAUGGGCGAGGCCACGCUUGUUGAGCCCGGUAGCUCCAGUCAACAGGAGGCCGCCUCGUCCUUCUCCGACCAGCCACCGACGACUGAUCCAGACGAUGAAUGGUCGGUCCCGGCGACGUCCAAGAAGGACAAGAAGAAGAAAAAGCGCAAGAGCCUUCAGCUGGACGAGCCAGCUCCGGCAGAGACCGCUGACGAACCUCCUGUUGAAGUGGCACAGAAGCUGGACCGUCCCGCCGAUGAACCGGUUGACCGAGCUGUGGAGCCACCUAUCGAGGAUGCAACGUCCACGGCACUUGAAUCUGACUUUGCUCCCGUCACGAAGGGAAAGAAGAAGAAGAACAAGCGAAAGUCAGUGCAGUGGGAGCCGGAGGAGACUCCUGCAGCGCCGGAGCCCGAGCGAGAGGGCCUCGAUAAGUCUCUUGACGUCGUGUCAACCGAAGAGGCCCCUGCUCCUCUGGAGAGCAUUGCCCAGGAUGAGUCCACAGCUGAAGGCCGCAACGACUCUACCCCUGCCCAAGGCGAGCCUACAGCUGAAGGCCGCAACGACCCUUCCAUUGCCCUGGCGGCGGCGACAGCUGCAGCCGCCUCGGCAACUGCUCUUGCCGCAAGCCUUGGCCAUGAUGCGGCUGCCGACAUUCCGACAGAGGAGACCAAAGACACCACAGAAGUCACAGACCGAGAGGCCGACCAGCCGCGCCCGCUGGAGUCGCACAUCUCCGAACCCCUCUUCUCUCAAGACGACGGUCCCUCUCAGCUCACUCAGGAGCCGUCCAGCAUUGAGCCAACGCAAGCCGAUGAACCGACCCCGGACGAGAGAGAGCCUGUUGCAAAGCCCGCGCCCGAAGCCACCUUCGAAGACUUUGCCGUUCCUAAGAAGAAGGGCAAAAAGAACAAGAAGAAGAGCCAGUCAAGUGUUUGGGAUCUGCUCGAGGAGGACUCCUCUCCAAAGCCAGAGACUGAGUCGGUGGCUCUCGCCGACAUCCCGCUUGACGACGUCCAAGCAGCGGGGGAGCCUUCUGCAAUGCAGGCGGACGAGGUUGCAGCCCCGACAAACCCCGUUGAAGACGAAACGGAGCCCCUGCCCCUGGCUGAUGAACAAGUCUCGAGAGAGCCAUCGGCGGACACACCGCAGGUCGAGGCUCCGGAGAGUCAGACAGAAGAUGAAUGGGACAGGCUCAUCAGUGGGAAGAAGUCCAAAAAGAGCACGAAGAAGGGCAGCAAAUCCGGUUCCCCGGCAGAACAGGAGCCAGUGGUAGAGUCCAGCUCUGAGCCAGUCAUCGAGCCUGUCGCUUUGACGGAAGAGCCGACAAGCUUGGAAGAGCCGUUGGCUGAUGCCACUACCGACCAGCCGAGCCAGGAAUCCGCCGCUGUCGACGAGUGGCCUCAGGUCACGGGCAAAAAGGUCAAGAAGAAGAAGCGCCAGAGCCAAAUGUCCAGCACGUGGGACGAUGAGCCCGCCGCCAGCACGCCACCGGCCGAAGCAGCUGCACCAGCCGAAACAUCUGUACCGUCUGUUGAUCCCGAGGCUGAGUUUGAGGUUCCGAAGAAGGGCAAGAAGGGCAAGAAAAAGAAGAAUACCUUCUCCUGGGACUCGCUCGACGUGGAGACGCCGCCUGAAUCUGAAUCGAAACCUCGGGAUCUAGCUCAAGAUGAUGUGGACGUCCCGCAACCCGAGGCUGUUCCUGCAGAUGCAGAAGUUCAGCCGGAAUCAGAAGCCGUGCUACCUGUGGAAGAAAAUCCUCUUGAUGACGACGCACCUGACAACACAAUCGUUGAGCCCGAGAAGCCGUCAGAACCUGAGUCUAAGAGCGUGGCAAACGAGCCGCCCGAACAGCCUAUCCCAGAGACCGGACCCGUUGACGCCCCCGCUGGUGACGAAAGCGAGUUUCUCUUCCCUGUGAAGAUAUCCAAGAAGGACAAGAAAAAGAAGAAGAAGCAAGCCGCCCUGGACGAGGCGACGCAGCUCGAUUCAGCAGAGGGCACAGCCUCAGACGACAAGGUCCCGGUGAUGGACAAAGUGGACCUGGAACUAAAGGGCGACGAGAGCCCUACUUUGGACCGCACGGCUGAAGAGCCAACGGCGCCCGAGGUUGCAACGAUGACUGAAGAGACUGGGCAGCACGAGGAGGCAGCAUCCGGCGACACGCCUGGGGCCGGUGAGCAACAGUCAGAGGCAAAUCCCGAUGACGAGUGGGGUGGGUUCAGUCUGAAGAAGUCCAAGAAAGACAAGAAAAAGAAGAAGGCUAAGAACGUCGAACCCGAAAUCCCACAGGAACCCGAGACUACGACAUCACCGGAGCCGGAGCCAGACACACUGGACACUACGGCGGAUCAAGCGACAGGGUCCUCGCGAAUGGACAUUGACUCUGUGGUCGAGACGGCCAAGGACGAUGCUGAGCCGGUGCCCUCCCAAGCAGAGCCUUCAGCCGAGGCCCCUGCCGCGGAGGAAGUUGCGGUCCCGGAUGAGCCCGACAAGAAAGAAGACGACGACUGGAGCUUUGGCCUGUCUAAGAAAGACAAGAAAAAGAAGAAGAAGGCCAAGGCUCUGGAACUUGCAGCCGAUGAGAGCUCACCGCCUUCUGAGGCCGAUAGUUCUCGAGAGGUAGAACCUGCCAAGGAGCCAGUUGUGGAUGACUUCUGGAUUGCCCCUGUCUCAAAGAAGGACAAGAAAAAGAAGAGGAAGUCAACCCUUGCCGCGGAAAGCGAUGCGCUCGAUGAAAACUCCGCGCCAACGGAAGACAUCACGGAAUCCCAGAUCCGUCCAGACGUCGAGGCUUUGCCGGAUACUACCGUCGACAGCUCUGCGCCCCUUGACCUUGAUCAAGACUGGGCCAUGAAAGAUAAGCCGGUCAGUGCCGCCCCCUUCGAGCCUGUUGCCCCCGUCAUCGAAGAGACUGCUCAGGACACCGAGCUCGAGCGCAACCAAGUCGAGGAGGGACUGGCAGAACCUGAGCUUCUCCCACCAGAACAAGCCUCGGGUGAGUCCAAAGCGGAAGACGAUGUGCCUGAACCCAAUCCGGAUGACGAGUGGUCGGUUCCAGUGACCACUAAGAAGGGCAAGAAGGGCAAGAAGGGUCGCAAAAGUCAAGUUGAGGCCCUCCCUUGGGACGAGCCGGAGGCCGAAAGCUCGAACUUGCCCAUCGCUGAGGCCGCCCCGAAGCCGGAAGAAGAGGUUACACCUGCCGAUGAGACUGCCGCUGAGAUUGCGCCACCCUCUUCUGAAGAUGUUGUGGUAGCUCCCCAGGCAGAGGACACGGAAAUGGGCGACCCUCCUGCUACGCCUUUGAACGAUACCGACAUGCCGCAUGCCUCUCGAGACGUCCCGGGCCUGUCUACUCAAGAAUCUGCCAUUCCCGAUGCAGGUACUGGAGCUCAGGAUGUUCCAGAACAACAGGCAGAUGCUACGAAGCCUGAUGAGGAGCCCCCCUCGGAAGCUCAGAGUCAAAAUGAUGCUGUCGCGGAGGACACUUGGGAUACGAUGCCUCAGCGCAAGCUCUCCAAGAAAGACAAGAAGAAGAAAAAGAAGCAAGAAAGUCUGAUGGAAGAGUCGGCGGAGCCCAGCACAGACGUAUCCAGAGAAGACCCGGCGCCUGUAUCACAGCAUCCAGAGGAAGCCGUGUCCGCUACGCUCGACGACACCGACAGCUCGCCAGCAUUUGCCGAGGAAGUCUCGGCGGAACCGGAGGAGUGGCUGCCAACCAAGAAGUCCAAGAAGGACAAGAAGAAGGCUCAGAAGUUGGCUGCUGCUGCUCUCGGGGCUGCUGCCGGAGCUGCAGCCGCUGGCAUGGCUGCUGGAGAUGCCGCAGACACCCCCUUGGACGAGGCGCCGGAACCGAAACCUGCCGAGGAGUCGCCUCAACCGACCUUUAGCUCGUGGGCCGAUGAGAUGGACGAGGCCGCGCCAAUUGACCAGCCUGAAACCCUUCCGCAAGAUUCGCAGCCUCCACCAGAAGUCGAAGACGAUGGCUUUGGAUUUCAAACGACCACCAAAAAGUCCAAGAAGGGCAAGAAGAAGGGCAGAGCGAGUCUCGGCCCCGCCGAGCUCAAUGCCGAGGCCGUCCCAACCUCCGAAGCGGAGCAACAAUCGGACCCUGCAGCCGCAGACGACCAACGCAUGGAGACUGGCGGUGAGUUGAGCCGCGGGGUUGACAACAUCGAGCCUCAAACAACUUCGCGGGAUUUCGAGAGCGCUGCACCUGCCGAAGCGGAAGACGAAUGGGCCAUGCCUGUCAAGAAAAAGGGCAAGAAGGGCAAGAAGGCCAAGGGGAGUGGCACGCUGACACCGGCAAACGAACCCGACGUCGCGGCGAUGCCAGAUGCCGCCGCGCCGGAGCAAUUGCCUGAAGAUGUGCCGCAAGCUGAGCUCGAGGAAACUCGCGAAGCGGCUCCAGAGGCAACCGACCCGCCGCCAGCUGUUCCCGAACCACCCCAGCCUGCCGAUGAGGUCGAUGACUGGGCAUUUACGACAAAGAAGGGCAAGAAAGGCAAGAAGGGUCGGAAGAGCAGCGGCAUCGCAACGCCUGCCAAUGAGCCUGAAUUGCCUCCAGAGUCGCCGCCUGUUGAAGUAGCUCAGGAGGUCGCUGAGCCCACUGCCUCGGACUCGCCAAUUCAGUCGGACGCUCAGGUCGUUGACGCUCUGGAACCCCCAGUCGAACAAGCCGCCUUUGCACCUUCACCACCAGAAGACCACGCCUCUACUCAUGACUUCCUCAUGCCUGACCAGGUGGCCGAGUCGGCACUUCCUCGAGAAGACGCUGAUGCUCUCGCGGAAGUUUCUGAACCUUCAGCACCAGCUCAAGCCGACGAAGCUACAGCCGACGACGCAUGGGCGUUCCCAGUCAAGAAAAAGGGCAAGAAGGGGAAGAAGGGCAAGUCGAGCAGUGGCUCCAUGACCCCAGUGGUUGCCUUGGAUGACCAAGAAGCCGUUGUCGACACCCCCGCCGAGGACAAGGAUCGUGCCCUUCCUAGCCAAGAGGCAGCCACUGCCGAGGAGACCACGCCCGUUGAUGUGCCUCUGGAGGCCGAGGAAUCGCGAGCUAUUCAGGAGCCUACUCCUCCCGUGGAGGCCGAGGACGAAUGGGCCAUGCCGUCAAAGAAAAAGAAGGGCAAGGGAAAGAAGAACAAGGGUAUUCCCUUAUCCGCCUUCGACGAGCCUGCUACAGCACCAGUGGAGCCGGUUCAGCCAGAGACGCCAAAUGUAGAGGACAGCCAAGUCGCUUCGUCCGCAGCUGUCGAGGCUGUGGAAGCCAAGCCUGCUGCAAUGGAAUGGCAACCAGAACACGAGCAGUCGGCUGCCGAUGACGGCAUGGAUGUGGAUGCCCGUGGAGGCUCUUCUGAGCCCACGGGUGCUCUGGAACCGGAGCCUAUCAUAGCCGAGCCGGAGGCGGCGCCCGUCGAGGCCAGCCCCGAAGACACUUGGGCGACGCCUGGACGAAAGAAGUCAAAGAAGGAGAAGAAGCGAAAGUCGAGCCAAGUCAUGGUGCUGGAUACUCUACGCGACGAUGCUCCUGUCCAGGAGGAAGCUCCGCGGGAAAUCGUCGAGGACAUUCCUGCGGUCGAAGGGGAUUCUAGAGACCAGCCGGCUUCUGACGAUUGGUUCGAUGACUUUUCUGUCCCCAAGUCGCAGGUCUCGGUGACGAAAUCCAAGAAGAAGAGGGGCAAGAAGGGCGUCGAAGCGCCGCCCGUUCGCACAGCCCCGACCCAAGAACCUGCAGCAAUGGAAGAGGCCUCGGCAAAGGACAUCAUGCCGAUUGACCAACCCACCCUCGAUGCAAUGGAGGACAUGACCGGCGGCACUGCCGACGAUGAGGCUACUCAGUCCGGGGCGAAUGCCUUUGAUGAUGUCUGGGAGAGCGAUCCUAGGCUGCCUGGAAACUCGGCGCGAGCUCAGGAUAUGAGCGCGUUUGCCAGCGAUGAGUUCCCCGUCCAAAGUAAAGCGAGCGAGGGAUCGUCGCGAGAUGUGCCAGCUACGUCUACAAAGGAUGAUUCUCGCGCGCGAUCAAGCUCAGGUGGCGGGGACGUGGCUGCCGCAGCCGGUGCCCUGUCCGGCGGGGUGGCUCUCUUGGCCGAGAGAUUUGGAGGCGGCAAGAAGAAAAAGAAGGGCAAGCAGAGCAAGAUUGUGGACAAGCGACAGCAGCAAGAGGACGAUCUUUUCGACGACCCGGCACUGUGGGAGGGUGCAGACAAGAAGAGCUUGCAGGCGGACAAGGGAGCGAUCAUGGGAGACUCGAUUGCGGGAGGCAAUGUGGAGGUGGGCGAGCCGAGCAAGGCCAAGGAAGUGCCAAUCACUGCGAUGAGCGAGAGUUUCACGGAGUCGGAGAGUGGCUGGAAGGAGACUGCACGACAGGGCGCUCGGCUGGACGAUGAAUUCGCGGAGAGCCCAGUGCUCGGGCGAGGCGAGAUGGGCUCAAUGAGCCCGCAGCCGGUUGGGCUGUUGCGGCGGGGAUCCGAGGUGGAGGAGCCGGUAGGGGGCCUGCUGAGGGAGCGGGAGGAGGAAGAGGCAAGGCUGGGGAGCCUGUCGCCGGCGGUGAGCGAGUUUCGGCGAUCGCCAACCCGUGCCUUGCCUGCGGUCGAAGAGGUGCCCGAGGCCGAGGACGAAGCGACCAAGCUUAGCUGGCCGACGCCUGAGAUGAAUCGCGACAGCGGCUUCGCGGCGGAGUCACCCAACCCGACGAGACGACGGAGCAAUCUGUUUAGCGACGAGGAGGCGCAGCAGCGGGACAGCGGCGUGCACACGGGCGACUGGACCGAGGGCAUGCCGCGCGCGAUGCCGCGCACGCCGGAGCCACCGCACGACAAGCGAUCGCGACACUCGCCGUACGGGACGCCCGUGUUGGUUCGAGACGACACGCCGGUGCUUCGAGGUCCCGUCGGACACGCCGGGGCGACGCCGGAGCCGGAGAAGAGGCUGCGGAGGACGCAGAAGAGCUACGGCGAGCUGGGCGGAGACGCGAGCAGCAGCAGGGGCCUGGCGGCUCCGAGACGGCGCGCAGCGGAGAGCGACAACGACAAAGACCGCAGCGUCAGCGACGGCGUGGCCAUGGCGGCGCACCAGCAGCACCAGCGCCAGCUGGACCUACAGCAGGGCCCCUCGCCCCGGGCCGAACCGCGCCGGUCCGCCUCCAACACCAGCCUCUCGCGCCACAGGACGCCCGAGCCACUGCGCUUGCGGCCUGAGAGUCCAGGCAUCACCCGGGCGACGGCCACGCCAACGCCCCCACUCCGCCGGGUCGACAAGCGCAUGAGCGGUGACCUGCGCGCGCUCCGUCAACAAAGCAGCUCUAGCAACCUUGCUGGCGGCAGCCGAAGCUCCACCCCAACCACCGCCCAUGCUGCUGCAGCCCUGGGACUGGGAGCCGCCGCACUUGGAGCCGCCGCCGCCGCCGCCGCCGCCUCGUCCUCCUCGGCAUCAAAGCUUCGCAAGGACAAGUCGCCAUCGUCGUCGUCGACGUCGCCCCCGCCGCCGCCCGUCGCCAAUGAGAGCCGCGUCCGCUCCUCCACCCGGGACGGCGACAAGGACAUGGCCGACGUGUUCGACGGCUACGGCGAGGGCCGCAUCGGCUCGCCGCGGUCCCCCACCAGGCCGCACAGCAUGCGCCGCCGCCAGAGCAUGCAGGUCCUCGAGCUCGAGUCCCGCGUCCAGCAGCUCCUCGACGACAACCGAGCCCUGACUGAAGCCCGCGCCCACGCCGAGCAGAACCUCAGCCAGCGCGCCGCCACGGUGCUAUCAGAUCGCGACGCCGAGAUUGAGGCCCUCAAGCAAAGCCUGCAGUUCCUGCAAAACGAAGUGAACCGACUCACCGAGGUCAAUGAGGGACUCGCCAGCGCCAACGCCGAGCUCGCCUCCAAGGACAACAGCGCCCGCUACGCCGACCUCGAGGUCCGCCAUGCCACCGUGUCGCGCGAGCUGGACGAGGCCCGCGGCGCCCACACCGGGUUCGACGAGACCCUCCAGGCCAAGGACGCCGAGAUUGCCGACCUGCGCGCCCAGCUCGAGGCCGCCAAGGAGCAGAUCCGCGAGAUGCAGCGCAAGAUACUCGACUCCAAGGCUGCCGACGCCCACUUCCUCGACAUCAAGGACGAGGACUACUUUGACAACCGCUGCCAGCAGCUUUGCUCACACGUCCAGCAGUGGGUGUUGCGCUUCUCCAAGUUCUCCGACAUGCGCGCAUGUCGCCUCACCAACGAGAUCAACGACGAAAAGACCAUUGAUCGCCUCGACAACGCCGUCCUCGACGGCUCCGACGUCGACACAUACCUCAACGACCGCGUCAAGCGCCGCGACAUAUUCAUGUCCAUGACGAUGAACAUGAUUUGGGAGUUUGUCUUUACGCGAUACCUGUUCGGCAUGGAUCGCGAGCAGCGGCAGAAGCUCAAGUCGCUCGAGAAGCUGCUCCUAGACGUCGGCCCUUCCGAGGCCGUGCGGCAAUGGCGCGCCGUAACCCUGACCUUGCUCUCGAGGCGCGAAAACUUCAAGUCCCAGCGGGACCUCGACACCGAGGCCGUCGUUCAAGCCAUCUUCCAGACGCUGUGCAAGAUCCUGCCACCUCCCAGCAACCUGGAGGACCAGAUCCAGUCGCAGCUGCGCCGGGUCAUGCGCGAGGCAGUGGACCUCUCCGUCGAGAUGCGCACGCAGCGGGCAGAGUACAUGAUGCUGCCGCCGCUGCAGCCCGAGUACGACGCCGACGGCGAGCUGGCCGCCACCGUUCAGUUCGAUGCGUCCAUGAUGAACGAGCGGAGCGGCAAGACCGCCGAGACCAACGAGGAGCUUGAGGCGCGCGGCGCCAUCGUCCGCAUCGUGCUCUUCCCGCUGGUCGUCAAGCGGGGCGACGACGCCGGCGUCGGCGAGGACAAGAUCGUCGUCUGCCCGGCGCAGGUGCUCAUCGCCCGCGACAAGAGCAAGCGGCACCUCACGCCAUCGAGCGACGCCGGCGGGGCCUCCCUCGGGGCACCCAGCCGCGUCAGCGUCGUGACUGAGCACAUGGGCACCGAGGCAGACUACAUGGAGGGCGGCAUCUAG